AUGGCUUUGGAUGACCAAAGGUUCAAAGACCAUUGCCUGAUCAUCGUGGGCAAUGGCGGCAAAGCAGAUGAAGUGCUUGCCAAGAGACGCCUAGCAGCCGGAGGCCGUCUGGCUCAUUUCUUGACGCGCCCAGAUGAUCCCCGGGUUACAUUUUCCGCCUCGGCGGAUGGCUUGGAGUACGACUUCUUCACUUGGCAGCCGCCCAAAGGCACAAUGGGCAUCUCCAGCUUCGCUCGGAAGCUCCAGGGCAAGCCUCGGACGUUUUGGACCAAGACAGGGCCAGAUGGCAUUGAGCUUUCCGAAAAUCAUCACUUGACCAUUCGCUAUGGCAUCACGGGCAAUCCGAGGCAUGUGACUUUGACAGAUGAGACGGGCAACAUUUUGGUGGAGAUGUCUGGACAUGUGGUGGUGGAUGCAGACAUGUUGAUCGCUGAGACUCUCCAAGUUGAUGUACACAAUACCGAACUGAAUGCCUUUGGAACCUUCUCGAAGCGUUUUGUGGUACUUGCGUUGCUCUUCCAAAUCUCCUUAUCCAUCAACUUUGAGCUGCGGGCAGCUCAAACAGAGGCGGAUGGUGGUUCGGAUGGUCAGGUCCCUUGGUUUCGCAAUUUGUUGGCGGCAUUGAAUUGGUGCCUCACCGGAAACAUCAUCUGUUGCGAGAUGACCAGCCUUGCUUUCGCAGGGACCCGGGCAAGCAUCAACAUCCAUGCGGUGGGGAAUCUAGCUGCGACAGUUGCCAUCAUGGCGGUGUCCCCUCUCCAACUGUCGGAGUUCGUCCUUUGCGUGGUGGGAGUCACGGCCAUGAUUUUGGUGACCCUCCCGGUCCACUACUACAACACCAUUGGCGUCAACCCCAACCGACGCUUUCUCCCUCACUUGCUCUGGACGAUAGCGCAGAUUUCUGGAACCGUGGGAUGCUUCGUGUUGUUCGGGUUGAUUGCGCAAGUCUAUGCCACCUUGCUUGCAAGUGGUCAGUCUCUUGCUGCCACAUUCUUUUUGCCAUUUGGGACCGCCUUUGCCGAGACCGGCAUGGUGAUUUUCACGCGGCUCAUGUACAACCGCUUUGUCCACUCAAACAAAAGUGACCCAGAGGGGCCAUUGGUGGGUGACCAGCUUUACAUUCCAGCACCAUGCUUGAUCAUGUCCGCCCAUGCCUUUGCGGAAGGAUGUCGUUUGACUGCCACCUUAUCCGGCGUCAUCCAAAGCGGCGGCUGGAACUGGAUCCCAACCUCCCUGCUGAGCGUGGCUUUGAACCUUUCUGCACGUCUUGGUUGGUCACGCUUUAUGCUGAUCCAGCUGGGCAAGAAGCUCUGCAGUGGGCCCAAAGCCAUGGCAAUCUUUGCGCCCACGGGCUGGAGCAAAUACCACGAUGAGUUGAAAAUCUAUGCUGGCUACUUUCGCUUUGCAGCCAUCACCUCUCUGUUUGUUGCCAGGCUCGUUUCCUACGGUGCAUUCCAAGAAGGUCCAACGUUUCCAUCCUUCAACCUUUCGGCUCUGUGGGUCCUGAUUUUCCUCCUUGUUGGGGAAGUCAUCGAGGAUGAGGUGGUAACCCGGGAGUCAGUGAAUCCUGCUGGUCCUGGCCUCUUGAAAGUCAAUGCCAAUGGAGACAAUGCUGAUCCAACGCAGCUGAUUUCAUUGGAGCACUUGCCGAAUGUUCAGCAAGGUGACCCCUGGAGAAUGUCGGAAUUGGAGAAGUCGGGCAAACUCUCUCUGAAGAGGACCUCAACACUUGAGUCCGUACCAUCCGUAGCAGAUCUGACCACACCUGUGCAGUCUACCAGUCCCACAACCACGACAUGUGUUCCCCAGAAAGUUGUCUCGUUGGGCAAUUCAGAGACAGAUGCAUGGUCUCGGCUGCGGAAGUGGUUUGGGCAGCCCAGAUCCUUGAACUCAUCACCUGCACUUCAUGGUCUGCGAGAACUUCCUUUUGCUGUCCAACUAAGCUUUGUGGGCAUCGUAGCCGAAUUCACGCUGGGCCUCCUUGCUUUGUUGGUGGGUGCAGGCUACUUGCGUGGUACGUGUGAAAAUGUUUUGGUGGGCAUGGACCGGGUUCUGGGUUUGGUCUAUUGGGAGCUGCCAUUGCCAUGCUGAACGACAGAUGAUGGACGAGAUUUUGGCCUGGUCAAUCGGAGGUUGUUAAUGCCACGCUGAGCCGAAUGUUACCGCGCUCGGUGUUUGAUUUUACCUUAGCGUUGUGUAUGCCCGCUGUUAAACAUGCUGGAACGGCAUUCACUGACUACGCGUAUCUCGUACUUAUUAUUGGUGGCCUUCUCAGCUGUUUAACAGUUUAGGCGAGGUGCUGAGGUGCAGGGCAGUGUGGUGCCAAAGGCACUCCACAACUGUCCUGUCGUGUCCGUAAGACAUGUAGCCUUCUUAGCUGUUUGGGUGAUACCCGUGCUGCAGCAGGUUCAUUUCAAUCCAUAGCUGCAAGAUUCAGCUGCCGCUGCUUGACACUUUGAAGAACUAUAGAAAUCAUUGGCUCUUGAAUCCUUUAAUAAUGGUCUGCGAAAGAACCAAA